AUGGAGGCCGCCACGUUGGCGUACGACCAGGCCGCAUUUGGGGGGGUGGGGUGGGGGGCACUCAACUUCCCGGCAGAGCGUGUCCCGGAGUCGCUGAAGGCAAUGGGUAUCGACCUCAGGGGCUCGCCGAUGCUAGCCCUCAAGAAGAGGAAUCACAUCAGGCAGCUGCGGCAAUCAACCAUGAAGCAGAGCAAGGGGAGGGAGUCCAGCGCCACGGCAAGCUUUGUGGAGUUACAGGACUUGGGAGUAGAGUAUCUAGAGGAGAUCAUGAGGCUAUCCGAGCUCUCAUGA